AUGCACGACGACGCGGCAUUCACGGCGUUCCUCUCGCACGAGUUCGACCGCCUCGACGCCGACGGUAACGGCGCGCUCUCGCUGGGCGAGUUAAAGCCGGCGCUACUGCGGCUCGGGGAGCUAUUAGGGAUGCCGCCGGCCGGGACGGCACGCGAGGUUGACGAGCUGGUGGAGGGUCUUUUCGCGUCGUUCAUGUCGCCGGAUCUCACGGAGGAGAUUGGGCGGGAUUCGUUUGUCCGGAGGACCCGCUAUCCACGCUGGUCUACGACGGGGGGCGCGCUGCGGAGAAUACUGGGCAGCGCGGAGGAGGCGGAGGCGCUGAUUUCGGCGCUGUUCGCGGAGCUGGAUACGGACGGCAGCGGGUGCAUCAGCAAGAGCGAGCUGCGCCCCGCGCUCGUGCGGUUGGGGCUUCACGGGGGCGACAGCACCACGGCCGAAGCGCGCGAGCACCAGGAGCAGGUGCUGGAGCGAAUCAUCGACCGGUACUGUCUGGACGGCGACGGGGAGCUGUGCCGCGACGAGUUCUCGGCGCUGCUGCUGGACGUCUUUAAAGACCUCUCCUCCGAGCUCGAGGCCGCGCCGCUGUACCUGCCGCAGCGCGCCACCGUGCUCAACGGCGCGUACAUAAAAAAGAUCCUGAACGACGACGAGUUCUUCACGGCGGUAUCGGACUCUAUGUUCGAGGAAUGGGACGUCUCCCACAAGGGCUACCUCGUGUGCACUGACGCCAUAGCCGGCUUCCGCAAGCUCGGCCUUGCCUACGGGCUCCCUCCGCCCGACGCCGCGGAAGCAGACAAGGUUUACACGUCGCUCUUCCUCUCCGCGGACGUGAAUCUGGACGGGUUUGUGGACAAGGGGGAGUUCCGCACGCUGCUGCGCUCGCUCUUCAUCGGCAUGCAGCUGCAGCUGGAAGAGACGCCGCUCGUGCUCGAAUCGUCCGUGGAACCCAAGGGGGAGUCUAGAUCCGACGGUACAGAAUCCGUUUUCGACGGGCCGAAGCUGCUCGCGUUGCUGCGCGAGGAGGGCGGCGGGCAGCGCGUGCGGAGAUUUUUGGAGGAGAAGUUUCAAGAGAUGGAUAAGGACGGGCGGGGGCGGGUUCCGCGCGAGGCGGUGCGCGCGGUGGUGGCGCACGUGGAGCAGACGAGCGCGCUGCCGUCGCCGCGGCGGACGUCUUUUCAGGCGCCUCAAAAGCGCGCGGAGCAGACGAGCGGGCUGCCGUCGCCCAGACGGACGUUCUCCGCGGGGAGCCCGGGGGUGGGGGGAAGACGAGGGGAACGGGAAUCCCAAGCGUUGUUAGAAUCGGCGCGCAGACGAGGGAAUAUAGCGCCUGCUGGGAUUGCUGCUGGGAAUGCUGCGGGGGACGCGGGGAGUGGUGAUUGGGAGAGCGCGGAGCAGGAGGUGGCGUGCGAGGAGUUUGUGGAUGCCAUGAUGCGCGUGCUGCAGCGCAUGGGGGACGCCGUGCAUGGUGCGUGCGGGUUCAAGGGAUGGACGAGUGAGUGUAUGGUGCGUGCGCGAGAGGAGAAGAGGACGUGUGCCCCUAUCCCGUGGCAGCACUUCUUGGCGGACUUCCCCCGCCACCCCUUCCCGUGUGCCUCAUUCUCCGCCACCCCUCCUCCCCUGCCACCCAUCCCCCGCACUCCAGACGACCCUAUACUGCAGUUCAUGGCGGACGGGGCGAAGAUGCAGCAGCUGAUGGAGGAGGAGGGGGAGCUGGCGGACGACCCCGUACUGCAGUUCAUGGCGGACGGGGCGAAGAUGCAGCGGCUGAUGGAGGAGGAGGGCGAGCUGGCAACGCUCAUCGACAUUCUCUUCAGCAGCCUCGACACCGACGGCAGCGGCACCAUCUCCUACUGCGAGCUCAAGCCCGCGCUCUCCACCAUGGUGCAGAACAUGGGACUACACACGCUCUGCCGUGAGUGCCAUCUCUCAGUUUAUGUCCGCAUUAGUGGCGGCUUCACUGGUAGACCUCCUCCUCUCUGCCUCCCACCCCACCCCUCACCACCGCGCAUCACCCCUCCUCUCUCUAUAUCGCUCGUUCUCUCUAUACUGGGCAGGGAGCGCGUCAACAGAGAGGGUGGUGGCACAGCUGGUGAUGACGCACGGCAAGGGCCGUCUGGACCUUUCCCUUUCCACUGCACCCCUCUCCACCACACAUCACCACUCCUUCUCUGUCUCUUGUUCUCUUUCUGCGGUGCAGGGAGUGCAUCAACGGAGAGUGUGGUGGCGCAGCUGGUGAUGACGCACGGCAAGGGCCGUCUGGACCUCUCCCGAGACCAGUUCACUGCCUUCAUGCGCGUGCGUGCUGCUGUUUGGAGGGGAGGGGAGGAGGGUUGGGGCUUGCAUGUGGGGGGGCUUGUGUGGGGAAGGCUGGGUCCUCUAGACCUCUCACGAGACCAGUUCACCUCCUUCAUGCGCGUGCGUGCUGCUGUUUGGAGGGGGGUUGGGUUACACCUCUUUCCACCCUCCUCCAUUGCCCUCCCGCUCCCUCACUCACUGCAUCCCCUCCUUGAUCCCCCUCCCUCGCACCCUCUGCAGGCCACUGGCGGGAAGACUGGCAGUCAGACUGGCAGUCAAGCCAGUCAAGCAGGCCACGAUGCCACGGUGUCUGAUCUGGCGGGCAGGCUGGCAGCGAAGCCGGAGGAGGAGGAGGAAGGGCAGGUGCUGGACGGCAGUAAACUGCGCCAGGAAGCAUCACCUCUUACCCACUCACCACCCCUUUCACUCCCCGCUGCCCUCCCCUCCCACCUCUCCCCCCUUGAGAUCCUCGGGGACAGGCGGCUCUUCCAGAAGAUCUGGGAGAACACCUUCACCUCCUGGGACGUGUCCUGGAAGCGCUGCCUCUCCCCCUCUUCCCACUCCCUCUCAAUCCACACCCUUUCCCCCCUCUCCUGCUCUCCCCUCCCACCUCUCCCCCCAUCAGAUCUUGGGCGACCGGCGGCUCUUCCAGAAGAUCUGUGA